AUGGGUAACGGGCUCCUCUUGAAGCUCUACGAAGUCAGCGACCUGAUCUUCGAACUAAGAGAUCUGCUCUUGGAACUGAGAGGCCUGCUCUUGGAACUGAGAGAUCUGCUCUUGGAACUGAGAGAUCUGCUCUUGGAACUGAGAGAUCUGCUCUUGGAACUGAGAGAUCUGCUCUUGGAACUGAGAGGCCUGCUCUUGGAACUGAGAGAUCUGCUCUUGGAACUGAGAGAUCUGCUCUUGGAACUGAGAGAUCUGCUCUUGGAACUGAGAGAUCUGCUCUUGGAACUGAGAGAUCUGCUCUUGGAACUGAGAGGCCUGCUCUUGGAACUGAGAGAUCUGCUCUUGGAACUGAGAGAUCUGCUCUUGGAACUGAGAGAUCUGCUCUUGGAACUGAGAGAUGUGCUCUUGGAACUGAGAGAUCUGCUCUUGGAACUGAGAGAUGUGCUCUUGGAACUGAGAGAUGUGCUCUUGGAACUGAGAGAUGUGCUCUUGGAACUGAGAGAUGUGCUCUUGGAACUGAGAGAUGUGCUCUUGGAACUGAGAGAUGUGCUCUUGGAACUGAGAGAUGUGCUCUUGGAACUGAGAGAUGUGCUCUUGGAACUGAGAGAUGUGCUCUUGGAACUGAGAGAUGUGCUCUUGGAACUGAGAGAUGUGCUCUUGGAACUGAGAGAUGUGCUCUUGGAACUGAGAGAUGUGCUCUUGGAACUGAGAGAUGUGCUCUUGGAACUGAGAGAUGUGCUCUUGGAACUGAGAGAUGUGCUCUUGGAACUGAGAGAUGUGCUCUUGGAACUGAGAGAUGUGCUCUUGGAACUGAGAGAUGUGCUCUUGGAACUGAGAGAUGUGCUCUUGGAACUGAGAGAUGUGCUCUUGGAACUGAGAGAUGUGCUCUUGGAACUGAGAGAUGUGCUCUUGGAACUGAGAGAUGUGCUCUUGGAACUGAGAGAUGUGCUCUUGGAACUGAGAGAUGUGCUCUUGGAACUGAGAGAUGUGCUCUUGGAACUGAGAGAUGUGCUCUUGGAACUGAGAGAUGUGCUCUUGGAACUGAGAGAUGUGCUCUUGGAACUGAGAGAUGUGCUCUUGGAACUGAGAGAUGUGCUCUUGGAACUGAGAGAUGUGCUCUUGGAACUGAGAGAUCUGCUCUUGGAACUGAGAGAUGUGCUCUUGGAACUGAGAGAUCUGCUCUUGGAACUGAGAGAUCUGCUCUUGGAACUGAGAGAUCUGCUCUUGGAACUGAGAGAUCUGCUCUUGGAACUGAGAGAUCGGCUCUUGGAACUGAGAGAUCGGCUCUUGGAACUGAGAGAUCGGCUCUUGGAACUGAGAGAUGUGCUCUUGGAACUGAGAGAUGUGCUCUUGGAACUGAGAGAUGUGCUCUUGGAACUGAGAGAUGUGCUCUUGGAACUGAGAGAUGUGCUCUUGGAACUGAGAGGCCUGCUCUUGGAACUGAGAGAUCUGCUCUUGGAACUGAGAGAUCUGCUCUUGGAACUGAGAGAUCUGCUCUUGGAACUGAGAGAUCUGCUCUUGGAACUGAGAGAUCUGCUCUUGGAACUGAGAGAUCUGCUCUUGGAACUGAGAGAUCUGCUCUUGGAACUGAGAGUCUUGAAUUGA